AUGGAAAUUAAUGUGGGAUCAAGUAGCAGUGAUGUGAGAUCAAUUGAGCUGAGGAGGAAAUUGCAUCUGAGAGUUAAAAUGGCUGACACGGCUAGUCUGAGAGAGUUAGGAAAGAAGCUGAAGACAGUCCAACAACUCACUUUAGUGAGGAGAUAUGGAAAUAUUUUGAGAUUGAUGGAAGUGAAUGUGCAAGAAGAUGCCAUAACAGCUUUAGCCCAGUAUUAUGAUUCCCCAUUGAGGUGCUUCACUUUUCAGGAUUUUCAGGUAGCUCCGACCUUAGAGGAAUUUGAGCAAAUUCUAGACUUGCCUUUGGAGGGUCAACAGCCAUAUCGCCCCAUGGAACAUCAUGCAUCUCUACCAACUAUUGCCAAUGUCUUAAGGAUCCAUCCAGCAGAGUUGCAACAAGCUUAUCAAGAAAGACAUCAGAAUAGGGGAUUCACAAGAGAUUUUCUUGAACGACACAUGCAUAAUUUGGUAGAAAAGGAACAUUGGGAAACUUUCAUGGAUGUCCUAGCACUCACCAUUUAUGGCAUUGUCCUCUUCCCAAGGCAUGACAACUUUGUGGAUUUAGCAGCGAUAGAUGUGUUUCUUGCAUCUUAUGUCUUUAAAAGGCCAAGUGAGAUCAAGUGUCCGAUCGCUGAUUUGCUGAGGUUUCAAAUUGGGCAAAAAAAUGGUCAAGAGUGGGCUAAUCACCUAGCUAGUUUGAAUGAAGGACACAUCGGGUGGCACACUCCAUGGCAACAGUCGACGGCCAUUAUUUAUCAUUGCGGCAAUUAUCCAAAUGUUCCUCUUAUGGGUACUCGGGGUUGUAUAAAUUAUAAUCCAAUUAUGGGGCAACGUCAGCUUGCUUAUCCUAUGAUGGGACCACCUGCUGAGGAAUUAUUGGUUCCUUUUGUUGUCUAUUAUGAAGAUGGAAAUUUCACGGAGCUUAUCCAAAAAGCAAGGAAUGCUUGGGCAAUAAUUGUUUGA